UUCAAUUUUCAUGGUCACCGUUCACACGCUCACAUCUAAACCAACGAACCAACACACGGAGUGUCGCGCACAGAGACGCAGAGAAGAAGAGAGCGAGAGUGAUUGGGAAAGAAGAGGAGAAGAGUCAAUGAAGGGAGGGAAGAGGCCGAUCCAGGCGGUGGCGACAUGGGCUCGUAGACAACCGCCGAAGAUCAAGGUGUUUCUGGCUGUGGCGUCUGCCAUGGUCGCUCUCGUGUUCCUGCGAAUGAUCGUUCACGAUCAUGACAACCUUUUCGUUGCAGCCGAGGCCGUUCACGCCCUCGGCAUCUCCGUCCUUAUUUACAAGCUCACCAAGGAGAAGACCUGUGCUGGGCUUUCACUCAAAUCACAGGAACUAACGGCCCUGUUUCUGGCGGUUAGACUCUAUUGCAGUUUUGUUAUGGAAUUUGAUAUACACACAUUACUUGAUUCGGCAACAUUGGUGACAACCCUUUGGGUGAUCUAUAUGAUUCGAUUUAACUUGAAGUCUAGUUACAUGGAGGAUAAGGACAACUUCAAGAUUUACUAUGUGGUGAUCCCUUGUGCUGUGCUAUCAUUUUUAAUUCAUCCCACAACACAGCAUCAUAUCUUGAACAGGAUUUUCUGGGCCUUCUGUGUUUAUCUUGAAGCUGUUUCAGUGCUACCUCAGCUGCGGGUCAUGCAGAACACAAAGAUUGUGGAACCAUUCACUGCACAUUAUGUCUUUGCACUGGGUGUCGCAAGGUUCUUGAGUUGUGCACACUGGCUUCUCCAGGUAUUGGAUACCAGAGGCCGCUUGCUGACAGCUUUGGGUUAUGGUUUGUGGCCUUCUAUGGUUCUCCUCUCUGAAAUUGUCCAGACUUUUAUUCUUGCUGAUUUUUGCUACUACUAUGUGAAAAGCAUUUUUGGCGGACAACUUGUUCUGCGACUCCCCUCGGGGGUGGUGUAAGCUUUGUGAUACUUCAAAUUUUUGGGAUUCUCACCGUAUGAGGAGAUCAAAGAUCGAAUUGGAGAGUCUUCGGGGAAAGUAGGCAAUUCUCAUUGCCGACUUGUCUUUUACAUCUAGAGAUGCUGAUUAAUAAUAA